GAACUAUCAAAGAGGAGGGAUGAUUGUAUGUGCUCCUAUAUAGUCAAGCCUUUGCUUUUCCAAACGAUGAUCUGUGGUGUAGGGGUUGUGCUAAGGCAGUGAUGAAACUAAGAUGGCGUGUAGCACAGACAGGAUGAACGGCGGCUAACAAGCUACCUGAACCUCUGAUAACUUUAUGGUGUGAUAUGUGAUUUAUGAAAUUAAACAUUUCAUCUAUUGACCCUUUUACAACUGGAGUGUACCUAAAAAAGGAUCUUAUCAACGACUCUACACUUUGAAUAGACAGAGACUGCGAUCGCUGGGAUGGGCUGAAAAGAGGAGGCCGUAGAACUGCAGCCACCCAGAGAGUGACCCAGUGCCGAACAAUAGACCCUGUGACCAUUCAAGACACCGACCGGCCAGGUCAUAUUUUAUCAUAUUUGGUCAUUAUUAACUCGGAAGCAACAAUUGCCGUUUCUGAAGAAGUAUCCCGACGAAGCACCAACUAUUUUACAACAUGGCGAUGGAGGCCGAGGAGUUUGUGCCGCCGCCAGAGUGCCCGGUGUUCGAGCCGUCGUGGGAAGAGUUCACAGAUCCGCUGGGAUACAUUGCCAAGAUCCGUCCAAUCGCAGAGAAGUCCGGAAUCUGCAAGAUCAGGCCCCCUGCUGACUGGCAGCCUCCAUUUGCUGUUGAGGUGGACAGCUUUCGCUUCACACCGCGGAUACAGAGGCUAAAUGAGCUAGAGGCUGAAACACGAGUGAAGCUCAACUAUCUGGACCGGAUCGCCAAGUUCUGGGAGAUCCAGGGAUCCUCUCUCAAGAUUCCCAACAUAGAGAGACGCAUCCUGGACCUCUACAGCCUUUCGAAGAUCGUUACGGAAGAGGGGGGCUUUGAGCUGGUCAGUAAGGAACGGCGCUGGGCCCGGGUGGCCCAGAAGUUGUGGUACCCCCCAGGCAAGAACAUCGGCUCCCUCCUAAGGUCCCACUACGAGAGGAUCGUUUACCCCUUCGAGAUGUUCCAAUCUGGCACCAGCGUACCGACGACGAAGGCACGGCCGCUUGACAGCGAGGAGGUGGACAGGGAGUACAAGCCCCACUCCAUCCCCCUGCGCCAGUCCGUCCAGCCCUCCAAGAUGAGCAGCUACGGACGACGGGCCAAUCGGCUGCAUCCAGAGGGUGCGGAAGAUCUCAACCCCCACCCUCCCUCCACAGGGUCUCAACACAUCUCCUCGCCUGAACCCACUGAGGAGGACAUUGAGAAGAACCCGGAGCUGAAGAAGCUGCAGAUCUACGGAGCCGGACCCAAGAUGCUGGGGCUGGGCAUUGUUCCCCGAGACAAGAACGCCCGCAAGAAAGACGAGCUGCCUCAGACGCUCACCGUGCGUGAUGCUGGGGCGACCAUUAAGGAGGAGCCCGGCGAGACGAAAGUCACCGAGGGGGACCCCAAAAUCCCAGCGCCUCCCCCCAGCCUCACUGUUAAAGAGGAGGUGAAGAGGGAGGAGGCGGACGGGGACAGGAGCCUGAAGGAGGAGCAGGAGGAGGCCGGCGACGACGAACCCUGCACCAAGAUGACCAUGAGGCUCAGGCGCAACCUCAACAACCCACAGUUUGUGAGUGUGGCAAAGGGGGUGGACUCGUUUGUGUGUCGGAUGUGUGGACGCGGCGAUGAUGACGAGAAACUGUUGCUGUGCGACGGUUGCGACGACAACUACCACACUUUCUGCCUCUUGCCCCCCAUCACAGACCCACCCAAGGGCAACUGGCGAUGUCCUAAGUGUGUGGCCGAGGAGUGUAAGCGGCCAUCGGAGGCCUUCGGCUUCGAGCAGGCGACACGGGAAUAUACGCUGCAGAGCUUCGGCGAGAUGGCGGACACCUUCAAAGCGGACUACUUCAACAUGCCAGUACAUAUGGUGCCCACGGAGCUGGUGGAGAAGGAGUUCUGGCGUCUCGUGAGCAGCAUAGAAGAGGACGUGACGGUGGAGUACGGCGCAGACAUCCACUCCAAGGAGUUUGGCAGCGGCUUCCCCGUCAACAACGGCAAGAGACACCUCACGGCAGAGGAGGAGGAGUAUGCACGCAGUGGCUGGAACCUGAAUGUGAUGCCUGUUCUGGAUCAGUCCGUUCUGUGCCACAUCAAUGCCGACAUCUCGGGCAUGAAGGUGCCCUGGCUCUACGUGGGCAUGGUGUUCUCGGCGUUCUGCUGGCACAUUGAGGAUCACUGGAGCUACUCCAUCAACUACCUGCACUGGGGCGAACCAAAGACGUGGUACGGUGUGCCGUCGUUUGCUGCGGAGCAGUUGGAGGCGGUGAUGAAGAAGCUGACCCCCGAGCUGUUUGAGUUCCAGCCCGACCUGCUGCACCAACUCGUCACCAUCAUGAACCCCAACAUCCUCAUGUCCCACGGAGUACCGGUGGUACGCACCAACCAGUGUGCAGGAGAGUUCGUGAUCACAUUCCCCAGGGCCUACCACAGUGGCUUCAAUCAGGGAUAUAACUUUGCUGAAGCCGUCAACUUCUGCACUGCCGACUGGCUGCCUGCGGGACGCUCCUGUAUCGAGCACUAUCGGCGUCUUCGCCGCUACUGCGUCUUCUCCCAUGAGGAACUCACCUGCAAGAUGGCCGCCUGCCCCGAGAAGCUGGACCUCAACCUGGCAGCUGCCACGCACCGAGAGAUGUUCAGCAUCGUCCAAGAGGAGAGGAAACUACGCAAGGGCCUACUGGAACAGGGCAUCACGGAGGCUGAGCGGGAGGCCUUUGAGCUGCUGCCUGAUGACGAGCGCCAGUGUGAUAAGUGCAAGACCACCUGCUUCCUUUCUGCCCUGGCCUGCUACAACUGCCCCGAGAGUCUCGUCUGCCUCUACCACACAGAGGACCUGUGCUCCUGCCCCUCUGACAAACUCUACCUCAGGUAUAGGUAUACUCUGGACGAGCUGUUGGCCAUGCUGCACAAGCUCAAGGUGAGGGCGGAGUCCUUUGACUCGUGGGCCAAUCGGGUGAAGGAGGCGUUGGAGCAGGAAGAGGGCAGUAGGAUAGGUGUUAAGGACCUGGAGGCGUUGAAAGAGGAGGCAGCUGAGCGGAAGUUUCCGGGUAACGAGCUGCUCCAGAGACUCAACACGGUGUUGCGCACAGUGCAAGAGUGCCAGACCGCUAGCACUGAGUUCCUGACCAAGACACGGAGCAGUCGAAUGACUCUUCAGGAGCUGAGGAGCCUGGUGGAGAGGAUGCAGAUCGUCCCGUGCGCCAUGAGUCAGCUGGAGGAGGUGCAGGUUGUCCUGCGGACUGUGGAGGCGUUUGAGAAGCGAGCCCAGGCCCUGGUGAGCAGCGGCGGGGGAGAGUGGAGCCAGGACCCCCCUCCGGCGGCCGAAGAGCUGCGGGCGCUCCUGGAGGAGGGGGCGUCCCUGCAGGCGGAUCCCCCGGCCUGCGCGCUGCUGCGGGGCCUGCAGGAGCAGGGCCGCUGGCUGGGAGAGGUGCGGCGCACGCUGGGGCCCCAGGGCGGGGAGGGGGAGGUGUCGCUGGAGGUGCUGCGGGCCCUGAUGGAGGCCGGGUGCAACGUGCCUCAGAGCGCCCAGGUGGAGUCGGCCAUGGCGGAGCUGCAGGAGCUGCUCACCAUCGCCGAGCGCUGGGAGGAGAAGGCCCAGAUAUGCCUCGAGCACAGGCAGAAGCACCCUCUCUCCACGCUGGAAGCUAUAGUGAACGAGGCCCAGCUCAUCCCCGUGCAGCUGCCCAACAUCCUGUCCCUACAGGGCUGCCUGAGCAGAGCCAAGGCCUGGGUCACCGACCUGGAGGAGAUACAGAACGGGGAGCACUACCCGUGUCUGGAUGAUCUGGAGGGGCUGGUGGCGAUCGGCCGGGACCUGCCCGUGCACAUGCAGGAGCUGAGGCAGCUGGAGCUGCAGACGGCUGCCGCCCACUCCUGGAGGGACAAGGCCAGCAAGACCUUCCUGAAGAAGAGCAGCCAACACAGCUUACUGGAGGUGUUGUGUCCAUGUGUGGAGAAGAGGAAGCAGAAGGGGGCGGGCUCUGAGCGCUCUGAGCGCUCCGACAGAGACGCUGACGUACUCGGCCUCACGGCGCAGGACCUCCGAGAUCCCGGAGCCAUCGUUCAAGCUUUCAAAGAGGGCGAACGACAGGAGAAGGAGGCGUUGUUACGGUUACAGGAGCUCAACCUGGCCAAGCCUGGCCUGGACAAAACAGCCAAUGAGAAGAGGGAGAGGAGGAGGAGCAGCAGCGAGACCAUGGACACUCAAGACACGCCCCCUUCCUCCUCUGACAAUUCUCUCCUGCGGCAUCAGAACGGCGACAGUCGGGGAGGAGGCGGAGACACCAACGGUGUGACUAACUCAUCCCUCAACCAAUCAGUGUGCUUGUGUGGCUCCCCGGCCCGCCCCCCUCUGCACCGUUGCCACCUCUGCAAAGACUGGUUCCACGGCGGGUGCGUGGCGUUCCCCUCGCCACUGUCGCUCCCGGCCGCCGCUCAGAGCCCCCUCUGCUGGUGGGAAUGGGACACGCGCUUCCUGUGCCCGCGGUGCCAGCGCUCGCGUCGCCCGCGUCUGGAAAUCAUCCUGGCGCUGCUGGUGGCGCUGCAGAAGCUUCCGGUGCGGCUGCCCGAGGGCGAGGCGCUCCAGUGCCUGACCGAGCGCGCCAUCACCUGGCAGGGCCGCGCCAAGCGGGCGCUGGAGACCCCGGAGCUGCAGGGGGCGCUACAGAGGCUGCAGGAACUCAGGGAGGAGCACAGGCAGGGCGGAGAGGGAGAGAAGGAUGGCGAGGAGGAGCAGCAGGAAGAGGAGGAGGGAGAGGUCGGGGUCAAGAAAGGGAACGAUGUGAUCGUGCUGUCGGACUCUGAGGGAGGGGAAGGGGAGGAAGCUGUGAUCGACCUCACGGAGAACUCGCCCAAGAAGGCCGGCAAGAGGAAUGGCUGUGAGAACGGCAUUAAGAAGAAGGCUAUAUCGCAUAAAAUCACAGGUGUGGAGUCUCUGAUCCCGGUGUUGGCCCAUCUGGAGGGUCCUGUGAUCGAGCUCUCGGCCGGCACCCGUACCCAGCUGGAGGGGCUUCGGCUGGAGGGGGACCUGCUGGAGGUCACCCUGGACCAAACACACACCAUCCACACGGUCCUACAGGCUGCAGGCAAACCCCCUCGCCAGGAACUACACGCACUCCUGCUGAUUGAGAUCCAGGAGCAGAGGAAUUCAGGUCGCAGUGGGAAGAUGAAGGACAAGAGGAAGAGGAAGAGCCAGCGGGGAGAGAACGGCCUGUCCGAGACGAAGAAGACGCGCCCGCUCAACCACUCAUCCAUCCAGCUACACUCAGAGACGUUGUGAUGAGUGUUGUGCUCUGAGGGCUGUUCUGAGAGCGGUGGCGCCCCCAGCAGGCAGCAUGAGAGGAGAACAGAAGAGUUCCCCUGGGCCCUGCCACUUACACACCACCAAGAGGAUUCAACGCAGGACACACACUUCUCCGUUUCCACUUCUUAAGCUACUACACUCAUGAUAAACACACACACAUACACACAUAUAUCUGUAUUUAAGUUUUUUUUUUUAAUGUUUUUCUUUUUCUUUUCUUUUUUUUUUUCUCUCCACAAACUCCUGCAUAGACACUCCCCUGGUUUAUCCCCACGGCCUGCCAGUCAGUUAUCCAAACACACUCCACCAUGUCUCCUCUCUCUUCCUCUCCACUCCACUCUCUGCUCCCCCUGUCUGUGGGCCCCCUACUGGGUGAGCAGGCCGCAGCCGCAGCCUCGCCUGCCUGCCUCUGCCUCUAUUAGGGGAGGAUUAGUAGGGGAUUAAUGCCCCUGAGGUCAGUCUGUCAGAGCUCUGUGUACUGUUGAGCGUCCCAAGCUGUGUUCUAACGCUGAUGUUUCUGAGGAGAGCGCUCGGAGGAGACACGCCACCGGCUCUCGUUUGUAUUUGUUGUUAUCGAGGAUCUGGAGGACGAAUUGCGCACACACACACACACACACACACACACAGAUGGCGGCGUGGGACGUGAGGAUGUAAUGUGUAUUUUUGUUUUUCGCCUGGAGUCUCGUGUUUAUAGAGGCUGUCAAAGAAGAAGAGGAGACAUCUUGAAUCUGUUAAAUGAUAAAAAAAAAAAAUUAAAGAACAUUUUGGGAAGUGUGAAAACAGGCAUUUUGUGUUUUUGGUGCUACUUUCCCAAAAUAGUUUUUCUUUCUUUCUUUCUCUCUCAUUCUCUUCCACCCCUGCCCAUUUGACUAAUAUGAGAUUUCUCCAAACCUGAGGUUUUCCUUCUUUUUUUUCCUCUGCACUUUUUUAUUCCUCUGGUCCUGUCGAGACCCCCAUCUCUCUCUCGCUCCCUCUUCAGAAACUCCCCAGUGUAUAAAAUCUUGACUGUGACUCACUUUAUCCACAUUUUAUUUGGUCCCUGGGUUAUAAUGACUAUAUUAUUAUUAUAUUAUUAUUAUUACUGGUAUUGAUAUUGCAGACACGCAGUUGUCGUGAGUUUGUGUAUAAACAUUUUCAUUUAAAUGUUGCCUUUUUGUUUCUUUUCACUCUUGUUAGGAAAAUAAAGAUUUAGAAUUGUUUUAGGAAA